AAACAACAUUUCACUCUUGACUGCUCUGUAUCCGUGAAUUACCCGCUGUCAAUCAAAAGGGUAACGUCAGCUGAUUGUGCUCUUGAAGUCAAUGUCCCACCCAUGAAAAUGUGAUCCCACCAUUAUCUUCUCAUCUUAACAACAACGAUAUCAGUCUGCAAAGGAGUGCUUUAAUAUUCUAUUCAAAGUUGAAAGUACAGUGCCAGUGAGUGAAAUAACAAUAACCAAGAGAAGCAAUGUCGCUCACUAAGGACCUAAUGCACCCUACUUUGGAGGCUGAGAGGCAAAGACACAAGAAGAAGAGGUUGGUUCAGAGUCCCAACUCCUACUUCAUGGAUGUAAAAUGCCCUGGCUGCUACAGGAUCACCACAGUGUUCAGUCAUGCCCAGAGAGUGGUGCCCUGUGGCGGCUGCUCCUUCGUCCUGUGCCAGCCCAGAGGGGGGAAAUGCCGCCUCACUGAGGGCUGCUCCUUCAGAAGAAAGCAACGCUGAGUGAGAUUUCAGUAGUGAGCUAUCAACUGUGAUAGUCGUAAAUUGUGGACCAUGGAUGUUUUGUAAAUUAUCACAUUAUAUUGAAUGGGGAUUAUUCAGAUGAGCUGAUUGGCAGUGUUUUGUCCUUAUGAUAUAAACAGAUUACAAUAUCGUUCAGAUACAAUAUGCCUUUUUGUAAUGAAUAGGUAUAAUAUACUGUAUGCAGUGUAUGAAGUGGUUUGUCUCUGUGUUUGACAUUUCUAUUUUUCUUACUAAAUAAUACAUUAAAUAAUCUCUUGAGCCAGGUUGUGUAAAAAUUUAUUAGACUGAAAGCGGGAAAAGUGAAUGAAACAUUUUAACACAGACUGUCAAAUAAGGAUGAGAAGCCUUGAUUGAUUACCUUCACAGACAACAAUAAAACCUUUUGACGGUU